GUAGAACCCACGCGUUAGGGCUGGAGAAGGGAAAGAAACCAGAGCGCGGGGCCCCAGAUCUGUCUGUCCUCAAAGCCUGUUCUUCUGGCCGCUGUUCAUCACACCAGCUACAGUUUUGUCAAGUCCUACAUGAGAAACCAGGCUCAGAGAGGUGAAGUCACUUGCCCAAGAUUACACAGCAAGUAAAUGGUAGAACCUGGCAUUCAAAUCCAGAGCCUAUCAUUUGGAUUUGCAGAUGAUCUUUGACAGGCUUGCUUUUGGAAGAUAACCCUUCAAUUCGUGCCAUCACUUUGGGACAUGGACAUAUCCUGGUGGGAACGAAAAAUGGAGAGAUCCUGGAAAUUGAUAAGAAUGGCCCAAUGACACUGCUCAUUCAGUUCCAUCUGUGGUUGCUGGAGAAGGGCAUGGCUCAGGCAGGAAGUUGUCAAACCCCUGUAGUUCACCUAUUCAAGGAAGAGAAAAAUGGCCUCUCUGACUGGGAGGCAUUCUUUCAACUUCCUGGAUGGUGUCAUGUUUUCACUCUAGACAUGGGUUCUCUGCGGAGCUGGUGGCUGCUCUGGGCCGGAGCAACCCUCCUGUGGGGUUUGACCCAGGAGGCCUCAGUGGACCCCAAGAACAGCGGGGGGGAGGAAUUCCUCAUGGCCUUCCUGCAGAACUAUAAUCGCGGGUACAGCAAAGCCUACCUCUACCUCCUCCUCUCCAGUCUGUCGGACAACCUCACCUCAGUCUCCAUCCUCAGCCAGGUAGACGGCACCUCACAGAAGGUCACUGUGAGGCCCGGGCAGUCAGUCAUGGUCAACAUCACUGCCAAGGCUGAGAUGGUCGGCAGCAGUACCUUCCAGCGUGCGGUGGUGGUCCACUCUGACCGCACCAUCUCUGUGCAGGCAAUAAACGCUAAGCCCAACACAGCAGAUGCGACACAGCUGUGGCCUGUCCGCGCCCUAGGCACUGAGUACUUUGUGUUCACACCCUCCAGCGCUUCGUCCCAGAAUCUCAAGGAGUUUGCUGUGGUGGCGGGUGCAGACGGUGCCUCUGUCAGUAUACAGCUGAAGGGGUCAGUGACAUUCCAGGGCAAGUCCUACUCAGCGGGCAAUGUCCUGAGUGUGACUCUGGACCCCUACCAUGUGGCCCAGGUGCAGAGCACAGCUAACCUCUCAGGGUCAAAGGUCACCGCCAGUAGCCCCGUGGCUGUCCUCUCUGGCCACAGCUGUGCCCAGAAAAACACGAACUGCAACCAUGUGGUGGAGCAGCUGCUACCCACAUCUGCCUGGGGCACCUACUAUGUGGUGCCCCCUCUGUCCUUGCAGACCCGCUCCGACCUGGUCUAUGUCGUGGCCAGCCAGGCCACGAAACUGACCUACAACCUCGGGGGCACCAAUGGCUCCCGUGAGCUCCAGGCAGGUAACGUGGCAGAGUUUGAGAUCCAGCAGUCCCAGCCACUCUACCUGUCUGCAGAUGUGGGCAUCCAAGUCCUGCUGUUUGGCACGGGUACCACCAAAGAUGGAGUGACCUAUGACCCCCACCUGGUCCUGAUCCCAGACGUGGCAGCCUACUGCCCUGCCUAUGUGGUGAAGUGCGUGCCAAACUGUAAGUGCGUGGCCCUGGUAGUGGCACCGACAAAGGCUGCUGGUGAGCUGACCAUAGAUGGGCAGAGGCUGGGGGCCAAUCUCACCUGGGCCGUUGUGCCAGGCAGUGAGUUCUCAUAUGCUGAAGUGGACCUCGGCACUAAGGACAGUAUCCAUGUGGCUGAGGCUGCUACCAGCUUUGGGCUGCUCACCUUUGGGCUGAACCAGGACGUGAGCUUUGGGACAGCAGCUGCGUGCGGCCGGACCCUGCAGACCCAGGAGCCCUCCUGCGAAGGCAAGCAGUGCGGUCCCAAGCAGCUCUGCAAGGUGCUGGAUGGGCAGGCCAGGUGCUUGGCAGACUCCGCGGCCACCUGCCGCGCCCAGGGUGACCCCCAUUACACCACCUUCGAUGGCCGCCGCUAUGACAUGAUGGGCACGUGCUUGUACUCGAUGGCGGAGCUGUGCAGCAACGACCAGACCCUGCCUGCCUUCAGCGUGGAGACCAAGAACGAGCACCGGGGCAGCCGCAGCGUCUCUUACGUGGGCUUGGUUACCGUGCGCGCCUACAACCACGCGGUGUCGCUGGCCCGCGGGGAAGUUGGCUUCGCUCGGAUCGACAGCCAGCGCUCACGCCUGCCUGCCUCCCUGGCUGAGGGCCGCCUGCGCGUGUACCAGAGUGGGACACGGGCCAUGGUAGAGCUGGACUUCGGGCUGGUAGUCACCUAUGACUGGGAUGCCCAGCUGGCACUGAGCCUACCCGUGCACUUCCAAGGCCAGGUGUGCGGUCUGUGUGGCAACUAUAAUGGUGACCCCACUGAUGACUUCCUUACACCUGACCGGGAGCAGGCUCCUGAUGCUGUGGAGUUUGCCAGUAGCUGGAAGCUGGACGACGAGGACUACCUAUGUGAGGACGGCUGCCAGAACAACUGUCCCUCCUGCACCCCAGACCAGGCCCAGCACUAUGAGGACAGCCAUCUCUGCGGCAUGCUGACCCAGCUCGAUGGCCCCUUUGCCGUCUGCCGUGAUGCCCUGGACCCCCAGCCCUUCCUGAAGGAAUGUGUAUAUGACCUAUGUGUGGCCAGUGGGGACCGGGCCAGCCUGUGCCGUGCCCUUAACGCCUACGCCCAGGCCUGUCUGGAGUUUGGCAUCUCUGUUGGGAACUGGAGGUUGCCAGCCAGCUGCCCCCUGUCCUGCCCCGCCAACAGCCGCUACGAGCUCUGCGGCCCCGCCUGCCCGGCCUCCUGCAACCCCGCCGCGGUGCCGUCCAACUGUUCCUCGCGCCCGUGCGUCGAGGGCUGCGUGUGCCUCCCGGGUUUCGUGGCCAGCGGCGGCGCCUGCGUUGCCACCUCGUCCUGCGGCUGCAACUUCGAGGGCCGCCCGCUCGCGCCCGGCCAGGAGGUGUGGGCCGAUGAGUAUUGCCGGCGGCGCUGCACCUGUGACGCCGCCACCCAGCAGGUGCGCUGCAGCGACACGCAGGGAUGCCCAGCUGGAGAGCGCUGCCGCGUCCAGAACGGUCUCCUGGGUUGUUACCCCGACCGUUUCGGGAGCUGCCAGGCGUCUGGGGACCCGCACUACGUGAGCUUCGACGGCCGGCGAUUCGACUUCAUGGGCACCUGCACGUACCUGCUGGCCGGCUCGUGCGGCCAGGCCGCGGGGCUGCCUGCCUUCCGGGUGCUGGUGGAAAACGAGCAUCGGGGCAGCCAGACGGUGAGCUACACGCGCGCCGUGCGCGUGGAGGCUCGUGGUGUGAAGGUGGCCGUGCGCCGGGAAUACCCUGGGCGAGUGCUGGUGGACGGCAUCCUUCAGUACCUGCCCUUCCAGGCGGCAGAUGGGCAGGUGCAGGUGUUCCGCCAGGGCCAAGAUGCUGUCGUGCGCACAGACUUUGGCCUGACUGUCACCUAUAACUGGGAUGCCCAUGUGACUGCCAAGGUGCCCAGCAGCUAUGCGGGGGCCCUGUGCGGGCUCUGUGGGAACUUCAACGGGGACCCGGCUGACGACCUGGCUCUGAGGGGUGGAGGCCAAGCUGCCAACGCACUGGCCUUCGGGAAGAGCUGGCAGGAGGAAACAAGGCCAGGCUGUGGAGCAGCUGAGCCAGGCGACUGUCCCAAGCUGGACAACCUGGUGGCCCAGCAGCUGCAGAGCAAGAAGGAGUGUGGGAUCCUUGCCGACCCCAGUGGGCCCUUCCGGGAGUGCCACCACACACUGGACCCACAGGGUGCUGUGCGAGACUGCGUCUACGACCGCUGCCUGCUGCCAGGCCAGUCUGGACCACUGUGUGACGCAUUGGCCUCCUACGCUGCUGCAUGCCAGGCCGCCGGGGCCACUGUGCACCCCUGGAGGAGUGAGCAACUCUGCCCCCUGAGCUGCCCGCCCCACAGUCACUACGAGGCGUGUUCCUACGGCUGCCCGCUGUCCUGCGGAGACCUCCCGGUGCCUGGGGGCUGUGGCUUCGACUGCAAAGAGGGCUGCGUGUGUGAUGAGGGCUUCGUGCUCAACGGUGAGUCCUGCGUGCCGCUGCCCUCCUGUGGCUGCGUGUACGAGGGCACCUACCACCCGCCCGGCCAGACCUUCCACCCGGGGUCGGGGUGCAAUUCCCUGUGCCACUGUGAGGAGGGUGGCCUGGUGUCCUGUGAGCCCUCCAGCUGUGGCCCACACGAGGCCUGCCAGCCGUCCGGUGGCGUCCUGGGCUGUGUGGUUGUGGGUUCUGCCACCUGCCAGGCAUCGGGAGACCCCCAUUACACCACCUUCGACGGCCGCCGCUUCGACUUCAUGGGCACCUGUGUGUAUUCACUGGCUCGGACCUGCGGGACCCAGCCUGGCCUGGCCCAGUUUGCCGUCCUGCAGGAGAACGUGGCCUGGGGCAAUGGGAAAGUCAGCGUGACCAGGGUGGUCACUGUCCAGGUGGCCAACUUCACCCUGCGGCUGGAGCAGAAGCAGUGGAAGGUCACGGUGAAUGGUGUGGACAAGAGGCUGCCUGUGGUGCUGGCCGAGGGCCAGGUCCGCGCCUCCCAGCAUGGCUCAGACGUUGUGAUCGAGACUGACUUUGGCCUGCGCGUGGCCUAUGACCUCGCGUACAAUGUGCGGGUCACCAUCCCAGGCAACUACUACCAGCAGCUGUGUGGCCUGUGUGGGAACUACAACGGCGACCCCAAGGACGACUUCCAGAAGCCCGACGGCUCACAGGCAGGCAGCUCCAAUGAGUUCGGCAACUCCUGGCAGGAGGCAGUGCCAGGCUCUCCCUGCCUGCCCACCUGCAAGCCCGGCGAAAGCUGUGACACGGAGCUGGAGUGUAAACCUGAGCUGCAGGAGAAAUACGAGCAGCAGCAGUUCUGUGGGCUCCUCACCAGCCCCACGGGGCCGCUGGCUGCCUGCCACAAGCUGGUGGACCCCCAGGGUCCCUUGAAAGAUUGUGUCUUUGAUCUCUGUGUGGGUGGCGGGAACGAGAGCAUUCUCUGCAGCAACGUUCAUGCCUAUGUGAGUGCUUGCCAGGCAGCUGGAGGCCACGUCGAACCCUGGAGGACCGAAUCUUUCUGUCCGAUGCAGUGCCCCCCUAACAGCCACUACGAGCUCUGUGCAGACACCUGCUCCCUGGGCUGCUGGGCACUCAGUGCCCCCCCGCAGUGCCCAGAUAGCUGUGCCGAGGGCUGCCAGUGUGACUCCGGCUUCCUCAACGACGGCCAAGCCUGCGUGCCCAUCCAGGAGUGCGGCUGCUACCACAACGGUGUCUACUACGAGCUGGGGCAGACUGUACUCAUUGACAACUGCCAGCAGCAGUGCGUGUGCCACGCUGGAAAAGGCCUGCUGUGCCAGGACCACAGCUGCAGUCCAGAGCAGGUGUGCCACGCCUCGGGAGGCGUCCUGAGCUGCGUCACCAAAGACCCGUGCCAUGGUGUGACGUGUCAGCCACAGGAGACAUGCCAGGAGAAGAAUGGCCAGGGUGUGUGCGUGCCCAACUACGAGGCCACGUGUUGGCUGUGGGGCGACCCACACUACCACUCUUUCGAUGGCUGGAACUUUGACUUCCAGGGUACUUGUAGCUAUGUGCUGGCAUCAACCAGCUGCCCAGGGAGCAGCGCCCAGGGCCUGACAUCCUUCACUGUCACCACCAAGAAUGAGAACCGGGGCAACCCCUCUGUGUCCUACGUGAGGCUGGUCACCGUGACCAUCCUCAACACCACCAUCUCCAUCCACAAAGGCGAGAUCGGCAAAGUCCGGGUGAACGGCGUGCUGACGGCAUUGCCUGUCUCUGUGGCCGGUGGGCAGCUUUCAGUCACCCAGGGCGUAUCGAGAGCGGUGCUGGCCACCGACUUCGGGCUGCGGGUCAGCUAUGACUGGGAUUGGCGAGUGGAGGUGACGCUGCCCAGUAGCUAUCACGGUGUGGUGUGUGGGCUCUGUGGGAACAUGGACCAUAACCCCAGCAACGACCAAGCCUUCCCUAACGGCACGCUGGCUCCCUCCAUACCCGUCUGGGGCGGCAGCUGGCGGGUUCCAGGCUGGGACCCACUGUGCUGGGAUGAAUGUCAGGGGUCCUGCCCAACAUGUGCCGAGGACCGACUGGAGGAGUACAGGGGCCCUGGCUUCUGUGGACCCCUGGCCCCUGGCUCCGGAGGCCCCUUCGCUGCCUGCCAUGCCCACGUGGCCCCUGAUAGCUUCUUCAAGGGCUGCGUUCUGGAUGUCUGCCUGGGCGGUGGGGCCCAGGACAUACUUUGCCAGGCUCUGGCUGCCUAUGCCGCUGCCUGCCAGGCUGCUGGGAUUGUCAUUAAGGACUGGAGGACGCAGGCCGGCUGCGAGCUCUCCUGCCCAGAAAACAGCCACUACGAGCUCUGUGGCCCCCCCUGCCCAGCCAGCUGCCCGUCUCCUGCACCCCCCACCGCCUCUGCCCCAUGUGGGGGCCCCUGCACCGAGGGCUGCCAGUGUGACUCAGGCUUCGUGUUGAGCACCGACCGCUGCGUUCCCCUGGAUGGUGGCUGCGGCUGCUGGGCCAACGGCACCUACCACGAGGCAGGCAGCGAGUUUUGGGCUGAUGCCACCUGCUCCCAGCGGUGCCACUGCGGGCCUGGCGGUGGCUCACUGGUCUGCAAGCCUGCCAGCUGCGGGCUAGGUGAAGAGUGUGCCCUACUGCCCUCAGGCCAGCAUGGCUGCCGCCCUAUCAGCACAGCUGAGUGUCAGGCCUGGGGUGACCCCCAUUACAUCACCCUGGAUCGGCACCACUUCAACUUCCAAGGCGCCUGCGAGUACCUGCUGAGUAUGCCCUGCCACAGACUACCCCCGGGGGUAGAGAACUUCACGGUCACUGUAGACAAUGAGCACCGGGGCAGCCAGGCCAUCAGUUACACCCGCACUGUCACCCUGCACAUCUACGGCCACAGCUUCGCCCUCAGUGCCCGCCGGCCCCGACAGCUGCAGGUGGACGGCACGCUGGUGGCGCUGCCCUUCCAGCUGGACUCGCGCCUGCGCGCACACCUGAGCGGCGCCGACGUGGUGGUGACCACGGCCACGGCGAUCUCGCUGGCUUUCGACGGAGACAACAACGUGCGCCUGCGCGUGCCGGCGCCGUACGCGGGCACCCUUUGUGGCCUCUGCGGGAACUACAACCAGAACCCCAACGACGACCUGAAUGCGGUGGGCGGGAACCCGGACGGCUGGCAAGUGGGCGGCGCCGAGGGCUGCGGUGAGUGCGUGCCCGGGCCGUGCCCGCAGCCCUGCACGCAGGAGCAGCAGGAGCCCUUCGGCAGUCCCGACGCCUGCGGCGUGAUCUCUGCCCCCGACGGCCCGCUGGCUCCUUGCCACAGCCACGUACCGCCCACGCAGUACUUCCAGGCCUGCUUGCUGGACGCCUGCCAGGCUCAGGGCCAUCCGGGAGGCCUCUGCCCUGCCGUGGCCACCUAUGUGGUAGCCUGCCAGGCCGCUGGGGCCCAGCUUGGCGAGUGGAGGCGGCCGGACUUCUGUCCCCUCCAGUGCCCGGCCCACAGUCACUACAAGCUCUGUGGUGACUCCUGCCCUGUGAGCUGCCCUAGCCUCUCAGCGCCCGAGGGCUGCGAAUCCACCUGCCGGGAGGGCUGUUUCUGCGACGCUGGCUUUGUGCUUAGUGGAGACACCUGCGUGCCUGUGGGCCAGUGCGGCUGCCUCCACGAGGGCCGCUACUACCCGCUGGGCAAGGACUUCUACCCGGGUCCUGAGUGUGAGCGGCGCUGCGAGUGUGGGCCGGGCGGCCAGGUCAGCUGCCAGGAGGGCGCGGCCUGCGGGCCCUACGAGGAGUGCCGGUUACAGGAUGGCGUCCAGGCCUGUCGCCCUACAGGCUGUGGCCGCUGCCUGGCCAGCGGGGGCGUCCACUACAUUACCCUCGACGGCCGUGCCUAUGACCUGCAUGGCUCCUGCUCCUAUAUCUUGGCCCAGGUCUGCCACCCACAGCCUGGGGACGAGGACUUUACCAUUGUGCUUGAGAAUAAUGCGGCUGGAGAUCCCCAGCGUCUGGUGGUUACUGUGGCUGGCCAGGUUGUGGGCCUGGCUCGAGGGCCACAGGUCACUGUGGAUGGCGAGGCUGUAGCCCUGCCUGUGGCUGUGGGCCACGUGCGGGUGACCGCCGAGGGCCGGAACAUGAUUCUGCAGACCACCAAGGAGCUGCGUCUUCUCUUUGACGGCGAUGCCUACAUCCUCAUAUCCAUCCCUAGCCCCUUCCGUGACCGACUUUGUGGCCUCUGUGGGAACUUCAACGGCAACUGGAAUGAUGACUUUGUCCUGCCCAGUGGCGCCAUGGCCCCCAGCGUGGAUGCCUUUGGAGCCGCGUGGCGGGCACCCGGCUCCUCCCAGGGCUGUGGCGAGGGCUGUGAGCCCCAGGGCUGCCCCCUGUGCUCAGCAGAGGAGACGGCGCCGUAUGAGAGCCUUGAGGCCUGUGGGCGGCUCCAGGAUGCCAAGGGCCCCUUCUCGGCCUGCCAUGCAGCUCUGAGCCCCUCUGAGUACUUCCGCCAGUGCGUGUAUGACCUCUGUGCCCAGAAGGGCAACAGUGCCACCCUCUGCCGCAGCCUGUCAGCCUACACAGCGGCCUGCCAGGCAGCUGGCGUGGCUGUGAAGCCCUGGAGGACAGACAGCUUCUGCCCGCUCCAGUGCCCUGCCCACAGCCACUACUCCAUCUGCACGCGCUCCUGCCAGGGCUCCUGUGCGGCUCUCUCUGGCCUCACGGGCUGCACCACCCGCUGCUUUGAGGGCUGCGAGUGUGACGACCGCUUCCUGCUGUCCCAGGGUGUCUGCAUCCCUGUCCAAGACUGCGGCUGCACCCAUGACGGCCGAUACUUGCCAGCGAACUCCUCCCUGCUGACCUCAGACUGCAGCGAGCGCUGUUCCUGCUCCUCGAGCACCGGCCAGACGUGCCAAGCGGCCAGCUGUCCGCCAGGCCGCGUAUGCGAGGUCCAGGCUGGGGUCCGGGACUGCUGGGUCUCCCGUGGCCUCUGUUCCCUCUCUGUGGAUGCCAACCUCACCACCUUCGAUGGGGCCCACAGUGCCGUCAGCUCCCCUGGCAUCUAUGAGCUCUCUUUCCGCUGCCCAGGACUACAGGAGACCGUCCCGUGGUACCGUGUGGUUGCUGAUGUCUGGCCCUGCGAUAGCAAAGCUGCAGUUCUGGGCCACGUUCACAUCUUCUUCCAGGAUGGACUGGUGACUGUGACCCGAAAGAAGGGCGUGUGGGUGAAUGGUCUCCAAGUGGAUCUCCCAGCUGAGGUGUUAACGUCUGUGUCCGUGAGUCGGAAUCCUGAUGGCUCCGUGCUAGUCCAGCAGAAGGCAGGGGUUCGGGUGCAGCUUGGCACCGAUGGGCAGCUAGCUGUGGUGGUCAGUGAUGACCAUGCUGGGAUGCUGUGUGGGGCCUGCGGAAACUUUGACGCGGACCAGACCAAUGAUGGGUAUGACCCCCAGAAGGAGACAACACUGGAAAACUGGAGAGCACAGGACUUCUCCCCAUGUCUGGACUGAUCCGUCAUCCACCGGGAAUGAGGACUUCGGGACCUGAGCCCCCUGGAGGUUGCAAUAAUUGAGGGAUGCACUCUGUCACUGUAUGUCCCUCAUCCACUCUACCCCUUUGCUGAGCCACUGAGGCCAACUGGGAAAGCAUUGAAUAAAUAUCUUAAG